GGAGUAUGAGUAUGAACCAGAACGAACUUUGGAAAAUCGUACGACUGUCACGUGAGUUGAGUGUAUCAUAGGAUUGAAGUUGUCAAGAAGGAAAUUGUAUUAUAAGGUGGAGCCGCAGAAAAAAUGGACAAAUUUAUAGCUGCUGUUAUCCUGGUUGUGUGUAUGUCUGUAGAUUUUAGCUCAGGCAAAACACCGUUCCAUACUUGUAAAAGUGGAUCAUCUAAAGUAACAAAUGUAGUUAUUCCAGGAUGUGAUGCUCCCCCUUGUAAGCUGAAGAAAGGAUCAAGUGCUGCCAUGUCAAUAUCCUUUACUGCAGGAGAGGGGUAUACAAAGGUAACAGCAAAUGUCCAUGGUGUAAUAAGCUACAUACCAGUUCCAUUUACACCACCAAAUGUGGAUGGAUGUCAUAAUAGUGGUCUAACCUGUCCUUUGACAAAGGGAAAGAACUACGUUUACAAUAAUACAAUUCCCAUUAAAAGCAGUUAUCCAAAUUUGCAACUUGUAGUAGAAUGGGAGCUUCUAGAUGAGAACAAUAAAGACAUUCUAUGUAUUGAAAUUCCAGCUGAAAUAGUUGAUUAAGAUACUAAAGUGCAUGAACAACCUAAACAAGGACAUCUAUGAUAUUUAUUUUCCCAUUCCAAAUUAAACAUUAUGUAAGGGAGGUAAUCACUCAAUUAAUUGUACAUUUUCUAUAAAAAAAAAUUAAGAAAAAUCUCCCAUCAUUUAAUGACAACAAUAUUUUCAAAAAGUGACUUCUGAAUAAAAGAAAGUCCAGGUAAUUAACGAACCUUACAUUUAGUAGUUAAAACAUGUUUUAGCAUUGACUGAAGAGGGUGUCAUCCCUCUCUUACAGUAUACACAAGAGGAUUUAGUUUAAAUCAAUGUGUUGUGUGAAUUACCCACCAAGGCAAGGGUGAAGUUUUACUAGCUCAUCUUGUGUGUACUGUAUAUUAUUACAAUGUACCUGCACAACUUUGUUCAAUGUUGACCAAAUCUCAGAAAAUAAUAUUUGUUUUGUUAAACAUUUGUUACGUUUACUAUGAUAUUGUUAUGUACAUAUAUGUGUUCCAUAGGAUGGAGCAAUUUAACAUUUUUCUGUAGACAAUUCAAAUUGAUUAUUAGAGACACACACAAUUUUAAGAUGAAGCAUCAUUUUCUCCUAUAAUAUAUGACUACUUGCCUUAUUUGAAAAGAAACUUGCUAAAAUCAAAAUAAUAAUAUGCUUCCCUACCAUGGUUAAAAGGAAAGUAAAAUUCUGAGACAAUUGCAACAGCAAAUUAUGUUUCCAAAUUGUCAGUAGAGCAAGAUUUACCAAUAUCCAAAUUUAAGAAAAAGAGCUCAGAUUUAAUUUAAAAUCUGAAGGCAAAUGUGCAUAUUUAUUUUAUAUAAAAAAAUAACACAAUGAUAUUUUUUUUAUUCCGGAAAAUUUAAACAAAAUAACUUUACUAGACAUGUUACUUGUACAUUUUUGUUUACAUGUGUUUGUUGUUAUUUUUGAAAGUCAGAUUUGAGAUGAAUGGGUUGGUUGUUUAUGCUUUUCCUGAUGUAGGAAAGAACAAAUUGAAAUCUUUGAUUGAUUUCAUUAGUGUAUUAAUUAAAAAUGAUUAUGUUGGUUUUUUUUCUUGAUCUGUAUUUAGAGUAUUUUUGAGAAAAUGUCUGAAUUGCGUGGAAUUGAAUGGUACAAAAAUGUAUAAGAGUGUUGGUCAUCUAACUUUUUAUAGCUUUAAAUACUAUCAAAGUUUACUCAAAGAUUAUACUGUAAAUGUUUGUUAACUCAUAGCAUAGAAUGGGUAAUUGUUAAAAAUGCAUAAUAUGGAUUUAUAUCAACAAGAACAUAUUUGUAUAAUGAAACUAUGUUAUUAUUCUUAUACAUUGUAGUGUUCAGAUAAACAUAACUUUUUAACAAUUCUUUUUUUGGUGUUUUAAUGAAUGUCCUUAAAGCAAAUAAUCUUUUUUACUUAUUUUCUAAUUACAUUGUAGUUUGAUAUACUGUAUUAUUGACAGGAAGAAAUCUCUUUGAAAUAUGAUGAAUGAUCUGUUUAUGCUUUUGUAAUCUUUAAUAUAAGAGAAUAUCAAGCUUGCUUUUAUAUUGUCACUUCACAUUUAUAUACAAAUGAGCAUUUUAUAUGUCUAUUUUCAAUAAAAAAAUCUUUCUGUU